UCUUUAUGAGAGAAAAAAACGAUGGAGACGAAGAAGAUUGAUUCAUUUGAUCGUGCCAGUGAGCUUAAAGCUUUCGAUGAGACGAAGACUGGUGUGAAAGGACUCGUUGACGCUGGAAUCUCACAGAUUCCACGCAUUUUCCAUCACUCAUCUGUCGAACUAGCAAAUCCUAAGCCACUUCCCUCGGACUUGCUACAUCUAAAGACGAUCCCAACGAUCGAUCUCGGAGGACGGGUCUUCGAGGACGCGAUUAAGCGCAGGAACGCGAUUGAAGGGGUUAAAGAAGCAGCUGCGAAGUGGGGUUUCUUCCAAGUGAUUAACCAUGGAAUUUCGCUCGAUCUUCUUGAAAAGAUGAAAGAUGGAGUUCGUGAUUUUCAUGAGCAACCCCCAGAAGUGAGGAAAGAAUUGUACAGCCGCGAUUUCAGCAGAAAGUUUAUGUAUUUAAGUAACUUCGAUCUCUACACUGCUCCAGCUGCAAAUUGGAGAGACACAUUCUAUUGUUACAUGGCUCCAGAUCCUCCUAAACCAGAGGAUCUGCCAGAGAUUUGUAGGGAUGUUAUGAUGGAAUACUCAAAGCAAGUGAUGAUUUUGGGUGAAUUUCUCUUUGAGAUUUUGUCAGAAGCUCUAGGGUUGAACCCUAAUCACCUCAAGGACAUGGAAUGCUUAAAGGGUUUGCGCAUGCUUUGCCACUACUUCCCACCGUGUCCAGAGCCUGACCUAACUUUUGGCACAAGUAAACACUCCGACGGCUCUUUUCUUACAGUCCUUCUACCAGACAACAUAGAAGGGCUUCAGGUUCUUCGUGAAGGAUACUGGUUCGAUGUUCCUCAUGUUCCCGGUGCUCUUAUCAUCAACAUCGGAGAUCUUUUACAGGCAAGUUUGCGCAAUCAAUACAUGUUUGCUAGCUCAGAUUUCACAAUUUUAUUUACACUUAUUACAAACGACAAGUUCAUCAGUUUGAAACAUAGAGUAUUGGCGAACAGAGCCACAAGAGCUCGAGUCUCUGUCGCAUGUUUCUUCCAUACCCACGUAAGACCAAAUCCUAGAGUGUACGGACCCAUUAAAGAGCUUGUGUCCGAAGAAAACCCUCCAAAGUACAGAGAGACAACCAUCAGAGACUACGCUACUUACUUCAAUGGCAAAGGACUUGGCGGAACCUCUGCUUUGCUCCAUUUUAAAACGACGAAGAUUGCUCCUUCAUUCGAUCGUGCCAGUGAGCUCAAAGCUUUCGAUGAGACAAAAACGGGUGUGAAAGGACUAGUCGACUCUGGAAUUUCACAGAUUCCACGCAUCUUCCAUCACUCAUCUGUCAAAUUAGGAAACCCUAAACCACUUUCCUCGGACUUGCUACAUCUCAAGACGAUCCCAACGAUCGAUCUUGGAGGAUGGGUUUUCGAGGAUGCGAGUAAGCGCAAGAACGCGGUUGAAAGGAUUAAGGAAGCAUCAGAGAAGUGGGGUUUCUUCCAGGUGAUUAACCAUGGAGUUCCACUUGAUCUUCUUGAGAAGAUGAAAGAUGGAGUUCGUGGGUUUCACGAGCAAUCCCCUGAAGUGAGGAAAGAUUUCUACAGUCGCGAUUUAACUAGAAAGUUUCAGUAUUCAAGUAAUUUUGAUCUCUAUAGUUCUCCAGCUGCAAAUUGGAGAGACACGGUUGCUUGUACCAUGGCUCCAGAUCCUCCGAAUCCACAAGAUAUUCCAGAGAUUUGUAGGGAUGUCACGAUGGAAUAUUCAGAGCAAGUGAUGAAUUUGGGUGAAUUUCUCUUUACGCUUUUAUCAGAAGCUCUAGGGUUGAACCCUAAUCACCUCAAUGACAUGGAUUGCUCUAAGGGUUUGGUCAUGCUUUGCCAUUACUACCCACCAUGUCCAGAGCCUGACCUAACUUUAGGCACAAGUCAGCACGCCGACAAUACUUUUCUUACCGUUCUUCUUCCAGAUCAGAUCGAAGGGCUUCAGCUUAUAACAAAUGACAAGUUCAUCAGUUUGGAGCAUAGAGUAUUGGCGAACAGAGCAACAAGAGCUCGAGUCUCUGUAGCAGGUUUCUUCACCACCGCCAUGAGACCUAAUCCUACAGUGUACGGACCGAUUAGAGAGCUUGUGUCUGAAGAAAACCCUCCAAAGUACAGAGAGACCACUAUUAGAGACUACACUGCUCACUUCAAAACUAAAACUAUGGAGACGACGAAGAUUUCUCCUUCAUUCGAUCGUGCCGGUGAGCUUAAAGCUUUCGAUGAAACGAAAACGGGUGUGAAAGGACUCGUUGACGCAAGAGUUUCACAGAUUCCACGCAUCUUUCAUCAUCCAUCUAUCAAAUUAUCAAACCAUAAACCACUUUCCUCAGACUUGCUACAUCUCAAGACGAUCCCAACGAUUGAUCUCGGAGGACGGAUCGUUGAGGACGCGAGCAAGGGCAAGAACGCGAUUGAAGGGAUUAAAGAAGCAGCAGAGAAGUGGGGUUUCUUCCAGGUGAUCAACCAUGGAGUUCCACUUGAUCUUCUUGAGAAGAUGAAAGAUGGAGUUCGUGGGUUUCACGAGCAAUCCCCUGAAGUGAGGAAAGAAUUCUAUAGUCGCGAUUUCAGCAGAAGGUUUCUGUAUUUAAGUAAUUUCGAUCUAUUCAGUUCUCCAGCUGCAAAUUGGAGAGACACUUUCUCUUGUUACAUGGCUCCAGAUCCUCCAAAACUAGAGGAUCUACCAGAGAUUUGUAGGGAUGUUAUGAUGGAAUACUCAAAGCAAGUGAUGAUUUUGGGUAAAUUUCUCUUUGAGAUUUUAUCAGAAGCUCUAGGGUUGGAACCUAAUCACCUCAAUGACAUAGAUUGCUCCAAGGGUUUGCUCAUGCUCUCCCAUUACUACCCACCGUGUCCAGAGCCUGACCUAACUUUAGGCACAAGUCAGCACUCUGACAACUCUUUUCUUACCGUCCUUCUCCCCGAUCAGAUUGAAGGGCUUCAGGUUCGCCGCGAAGGGUACUGGUUCGAUGUUCCUCAUGUUCCCGGCGCUCUAAUCAUCAACAUUGGAGAUCUUUUACAGCUUAUAACAAACGACAAAUUCAUCAGUUUGGAGCAUAGAGUAUUGGCGAACAGAGCAACAAGAGCUCGAGUGUCUGUCGCAUGUUUCUUUACCACCGGAGUAAGACCGAAUCCUAGAGUGUACGGACCGAUUAGAGAGCUUGUGUCUGAAGAAAACCCUCCGAAGUACAGAGACACCACCAUUAGAGAGUACGCUACUUACUUCAAUGCCAAAGGACUUGACGGGACCUCUGCUUUGCUCCAUUUUAAAAUAUGAAACAUGGUGAGCUACUACUAUCUCACACAUAUACGACAUGACUAUAUGUAAUAAUGCAUUUGCAGACUA